AUGGCCUCGAAUGAGAGUAGAUCCUUGGUUUCAGGACUAAUAGAUCCUUUAUCUCAAACAAAUAAAAGGAAUGCUCCAAAGGGUAGAAGAAUUCGCCGUUGUAGAAGUGCUCCUCUUUCAGAGUAUAUAAGGUUAGAGGCAGGCUUUGCCUCAGGUCCACGUACUGAAUCCUUCUGUGGAAAUAUACACCCAAACUUUCUCUUUGUAGCUGCAUUCUUGACUGUCUACUUAGGCAUAGGAACUUUAUGUUUCUACCUCGUCAGGCACCAGCUCAAGGGAGAGAAGACAAAUGGACUUCUUGAUGCUGUUUAUUUCUGUAUUGUGACAAUGACCACUGUCGGAUAUGGAGACCUUGUACCAAACAGUGUUCUUUCAAAACUACUGGCUUGUGCUUUCGUCUUUUCAGGAAUGGCUCUCGUUGGGAUGAUCUUGAGCAAAGCAGCUGACUAUUUGGUAGAGAAGCAGGAAUUAUUGCUUGUUAAAGCCUUACAUAUGAGUAAAAAAGUUGGGCAUUUUGAAAUUCUUAAAGAUAUUGAGACUAACAGUCUGAGAACCAACUACCCACUGUGGUUGGCUCAAAUACUCCCUAUCCUAAAAAGUAGGGACCUGAUGGGAUAUGUUGAUGGCACGCUGGUGUGUCCUCCAAAGAAUGUGACUGGUGCAACCACUCUGAACCCAUCGUACACUGCCUGGGUACAACAGGAUCAAAUGAUCCUCAGUUGGAUAAAUGGUUCUCUAACUGCCUCUGUCUUGUUUGUGAUGGCAAGCAAACGAACUGCUCGAGCAACCUGGGAAGCUCUUGAGCAAAGCUGA